GGCCGGGCCUGCAGUGGCGGCCGCCCCCCGGGAAGGGGGUGGGCCCGGGGAGGGGUUUGCCUUCCGACUCGCGUUAAAAGUACCGGGAAAAGCCUAAAGGAGUGACUCCAGUCCGCGGCGUCCGAAGCUUGUAGCCCGCUUUCUCCAGCGGCCUGAGAAGUCGGCUCGCCCCCUCUGCUCGGGAAAGGGGGUCGGCGGCGAACGGCACGGAGAGGGGCUACCGUGGGAAGUGUCGGCCCCGGCUGCCAAGACGCGCCUGCCUGUCGCCCCUCACCGCCCAGCACCCCCUCGGGCAGGUCCUCUGUUCAGAAGACGGGGAUGGAGAGGCGUGGACGCUGGGGCCUCGGCGGGUGUCUGGCCUUGCUGUCGCUGCUCCCGUCCCUGAGCCUGGCGCAGUACGAGGGCUGGCCCUACCCUGAGUACUUCCAGCAGCCGGCCCCCGAGUACCACCGGCCCCAGGCGCCCUCGGACACAGUGAAGAUCCAGCUGCGCCUGGCCGGCCAGAAGAGGAAGCACAGCGAGGGCCGGGUGGAGGUAUACUACAACGGUCAGUGGGGCACCGUGUGCGACGACGACUUCUCCAUCCACGCGGCCCACGUCGUCUGCCGGGAGCUGGGAUACGUGGAGGCUAAGGCCUGGACCGCCAGCUCCUCCUACGGCAAGGGGGAAGGGCCCAUCUGGUUGGACAAUGUCUACUGCACGGGGAGGGAGGCCACCCUCGCGGCCUGCUCCUCCAACGGCUGGGGUGUCACCGACUGCAAGCACACAGAAGAUGUGGGUGUGGUGUGCAGUGACAAAAGGAUUCCUGGUUUCAAAUUCGACAAUUCGUUGGUCAACCACAUAGAGAACCUAAACAUCCAGGUGGAGGACAUCCGGAUCCGAGCCAUCCUGUCGGCCUACCGCAGGCGCAUGCCUGUGACAGAGGGCUAUGUGGAGGUGAAGGACGGAAAGACCUGGAAGCAGAUCUGCGACAAGCACUGGACAGCCAAGAAUUCCCGAGUGGUCUGUGGCAUGUUCGGCUUCCCCGGGGAGAAGACGUACAACACCAAAGUGUACAAGAUGUUUGCCGCCCGGAAGAAACAGCGCUACUGGCCGUUCUCCAUGGACUGCACGGGCACGGAGGCCCACAUCUCCAGCUGCAAGCUCGGCCCGCAGGUGUUGCUGGACCCAGUGAAGAAUGUCACCUGUGAGAAUGGGCUGCCGGCUGUGGUGAGCUGUGUGCCUGGCCAGGUCUUCAGCCCUGACGGGCCCUCGAGAUUCCGGAAAGCCUACAAGCCAGAGCAGGACCGUGUGUCUCUCCAGCAACCUCUGGUGCGGUUGAGAGGUGGUGCCAACAUCGGGGAGGGCCGAGUGGAGGUGCUCAAGAACGGAGAAUGGGGCACUGUCUGUGAUGACAAGUGGGACCUGGUGUCUGCCAGCGUCGUCUGCAGAGAACUGGGCUUCGGGAGUGCCAAAGAGGCCAUCACUGGCUCCCAGCUGGGGCAAGGAAUAGGACCCAUCCACCUCAACGAAAUCGAGUGCACCGGGAAUGAGAAGUCCAUCAUAGACUGCAAAUUCAAUGCCGAGUCUCAGGGCUGCAACCACGAGGAAGAUGCCGGCGUGAGAUGUAACAUCCCUGCCAUGGGCUUCCAGAAGAAGCUGCGCCUGAAUGGGGGCCGGAACCCCUACGAGGGCCGUGUGGAGGUGCUAGUGGAGAGGAACGGGUCCCUUGUAUGGGGGACGGUGUGUGGCGAGAACUGGGGCAUUGUGGAGGCCAUGGUGGUCUGCCGGCAGCUGGGCCUGGGGUUUGCCAGCAACGCCUUCCAGGAGACCUGGUAUUGGCACGGAAAUAUCUACGCCAACAAGGUGGUCAUGAGCGGGGUGAAGUGCUCGGGAACCGAGCUGUCCCUGGCACACUGCCGCCAGGACGAGGAUGUGGCCUGCCCCCAGGGCGCGGUGCAGUAUGGGGCCGGAGUCGCCUGCUCAGAAACUGCCCCCGACCUGGUCCUCAAUGCGGAGAUCGUCCAGCAGAGCACCUACCUAGAGGACCGCCCCAUGUUCAUGCUCCAGUGUGCCAUGGAGGAGAACUGCCUCUCAGCCUCGGCCGCCCAAACCAACCCCACCACAGGCUACCGCCGCCUUCUGCGCUUCUCUUCCCAGAUCCACAACAACGGGCAGUCUGACUUCCGACCCAAGAAUGGCCGCCAUGCGUGGAUCUGGCAUGAUUGCCACAGGCACUACCACAGCAUGGAAGUGUUCACCCACUAUGACCUCUUGAACCUCAACGGUACCAAAGUGGCAGAGGGCCACAAAGCCAGCUUCUGCUUGGAGGACACAGAAUGUGAAGGAGACAUCCAGAAGAAUUAUGAGUGUGCCAACUUCGGGGAGCAGGGCAUCACCAUGGGCUGCUGGGACGUGUAUCGCCAUGACAUCGACUGCCAGUGGGUCGACAUCACCGAUGUCCCCCCAGGAGACUACCUAUUCCAGGUCGUCAUCAACCCCAACUAUGAGGUCGCCGAGUCUGACUACAGCAACAACAUCAUGAAGUGCAGGACCCGCUACGACGGCCACCGCAUCUGGAUGUAUAACUGCCACAUAGGUGGCUCCUUCAGUGAAGAGACGGAAAAAAAGUUUGAACACUUCAGUGGACUCAUAAAUAACCAGCUCUCCACACGGUAAAGCGCCGGGGCACCUCCUAUCUACAGGCCACCACACAUCUUCCCAAGAACUGCAGUCUGAUGGCCACGCUCCCCCCGCGUCGUGCAGCCCAGCCCCUGCCCUGUCCCGACCCCCUGCGGCCACAUCCAAGGCUCGGGGGGCGGGGAGACGGGGUGUGCUUGGCACCCGCUGGGGGCUGCUUACUGACUUCUGGAGCCUGGGAUGACCUCUGGGGUGGGUUGUGGGCACCAAGAGCCAGCUCGGCUGGGACCCCGGGAGCACAGGUUAGCAGCAGCUUGUCCCACCCCAAGUAUGACGCCACCCCACUCAACUUAUGACAGACAAUUUCGCCACGCUGCUGGGUGUGAGCGGUCAACCACAGGCGGUCAGGCUGAAUUCCAUUUUUCCCCUCUCUUGGGUCAUUUCCGGCCAACCUCAGUACCUAGACCUCUCUUCCCAUUAAACAGGCUGCCUCUACUCUAUGAUAUUCACAUAUACAAAUAAUGCUGCCAUGUGUUUUCUAACAAGCUCAGAGUUGGUGCUUCUCCCCCCUCCGCUCCUAAAUCCCCUUACGAGAUACCAUUAUUAUACUUUCACAGACUUUGAAACACAAACUAAUUUCGCAGCAUAUACUAUUGGGCAUCUGGGCCUCUGAAAGUAUAGCUCAAAAGGAAAACCAGCCCACCUGUGUAAGUGAUUCGUCUUUCUGUUGUUCCAAUUCUGUGGGUAACUGAUUUAACGGUGCUAUAACCAGGGUCCUGGGUGGUAAGGACACCCAGCGAGCGCCAGGUGUCAUCACAGACACUUACACAUACUUGAAACUUUGAAUAAAAGGUUUAUGAUA